AUGUCCUACCAGCAAAGUCAGCAGCAGUGCCAGCCCCCUUCCAAGUGUCCUAUCCCUAAAUGUCCCCCCAAGAGCCUACCUAAGUGCCCGCUCCCAUGCCCAGCCCCAUGUCCUCCUCCAGUCUCGUCGUGCUGUGGCCCCAGCUCUGGUGGUUGCUGUGGCCCCAGCUCUGGUGGUUGCUGUAGCUCUGGGGGUGGUGGCUGUUGUCUGAGCCACCACAGGCCCCAUCUCUUCCGUCGGCACCGACACCAGAGCUCUGACUGCUGUGAGCGUGAUACCUCUGGGGGCUCUGGCUGCUGCCAUGGCUCUGGAGGCUGCUGCUGAGUUGGGUCUUACCCACAGAAGAGCAGCAAUCGGAAGAUGCAAGGAAUAUGGACCCACUCCUCUGAACUUCCCCUCACUUUACAUCCUCUCUUCUGUUCUGGAGUUUGAGAUGCUAAAACAAUGAAGUCUUCUUAUGGAGCUCUUCACAACUCCCUGGUUCCAAACCCCACAUAUCCCUCCAUGGAAUCAUCACUCCCUCAAUUCCACCAUGAGAAAAAUAA